CAUGAGGAACGCAUGUGAAAAACAUGGAGGGAGAGAGAGAGUGUGUGAGGGAGCGAAGAUGGAGAAGAUGAUCGCAGUGGGUAUGGUGUGGGGCGCCACCAACGCUAUCAUGCGCCGCGGUGCGCUUCUCUGGGACGAGGCUCUGAAAUCCUCUGCAAAGCCAGAUCCGCAGUCAUCUAUGGUCCAAAAAAUGCGCAUCUCCUUUGGGAACUGGUUCAAGCUUCUCUCAAUCUGGCAAUACUCCAUUCCCUUCCUCAUCAACCUCUCCGCCUCCGCCACUUUCUUCGCCAUCCUCUCCGACGCCCCGCUUUCCCUCGCCGUCCCUGUCACCAACGCCACCACCUUCGCCGCCACUGCCAUCUUCGGUAUCUUUCUCGGGGAACGCACACACCUCCUCCGCGCUCUCUUCGGUACCGCUCUCAUCGUCCUCGGUCUCUGCUUCUGUAUCAGCUCCUAGUUGUAGCUUUUCCACCAUCUUUGUAAAAUCAUUUUUUAAACUUUUCAAUCUUUGUUAUUAUGAUUUUUGUUACGACUUAAGAGACAUUGCCUAGGGUUCACUUUGCAAAUUCCUAUAUCUCAUAAUUUAUUUAUCCAUGGAUAAAAGAUUAUUUAGUACACGGUGAACAAGAAUGGAAUCACCAAGACCGGGACAAAUAACAAACAAAUGUGACACGAAAGAAGAAAGGAGAUGAAAACACUUCAGCUGCCGUGAUGCGUGACUUUUGUUGCAGCUGCAUUUCCACAACUUCACACAGUCAAUGUUUUUUUUUUUUUUUUUUUUUGUGUAACAGUUUUUAAUCGCUGACUGUGUGAAUGGUGGAAAAUUGGCUGCAGGGAAUACAAAUCAGAUGUUUAGAAUUGUGGUUUAAAGCAUUCUGGAGGUAUCUGUCCGUUGAAUCUUUUGGUGUCUGUGCAGUAGUCAUAGAUCAUGUAAUUGUUUCUGAUCCAAUUCAGCUGUUCCAACUGGGUGUGGGUCAGCUUCUUGUAUCUAGCGGAAGUCCACCAAUUUGCAGGGGUAUUAGAGGCACAUUGAUGGAUGCUCUUUGCUCCACCCCACUUGCAAGCCCUUGCUCUGAAAUGGUGGAAUCUGGCCGUGAAUGGUGCGUGAUUCCAGUCCGUCUUUACUAGGCCUCCUCUGGUUGCCCAGUUGUCUGCAUUCCAUAGGCUGGUGUAAACCCUCAUUCCUUGUUUGUUUGGGUAAGUGAUGCCCUCUUGUUCAUGGUUGCGGAAAACACGAAUUGGCACAUCAUCAACAUACCAGCUGAGGUACCAGUCACAUGAUUCUAGUUAAUGAAUCAUAAACAAUUUUGGAAAAUUGAAUAAGUCUGUGCUCUGGUCAAAUUUAUCAACUUACACAAUUUCUGUGGGAUUCCAGUGAAUGGUGUAAUUGUGAAAAUUAGCAGUUGGGUCAAACCAGAGGUAAAAUUGUUGCUCUCUGCUUCCUUUUCCUUGUGUGUACAAGUUAGUAUGGACAGUGUAUGGUUGUCCUGUACUGUUGCCCAAGAACUCAAAGUCUAUCUCAUCUUGCUGGCUUCCUGCAGAAGAUAACUGUUUGAGCAAGAGACAUCAAUUAGCAUUUCUUAUAGUAAUGGAAGCUUGAUGGAUUUGGUUUUUCGAAAGUGCAUAUUUUGGUGUUAUCGAUAUCUGUUGGAUCCAGUGAACUUACAUAGUAUGCUGUAACUGUUCCGGCAGAAUUACCAGGUACAAGCUUGAUUUGCAUUUCAAUGCUUCCAAAUAAGAAUGAUCUCUUCGAUUGAGCAGCUGACCCUGAAAUCCGAAGGCAAAAACAACACAUUGUUCCACUAAGCUAGAAGUAGAUAAAUGUAUUUUUAUCAUAUAUAUUACUUUAGUUUGCACAAUAUUCGACAAUGUUUAUUUUCAUUAGAAGUCUUGGGUAAAGUUCUAUAGGAACAUAUCUUUGUUAUGCUCCUAUAUUUAGAAUUAAAUGUUAUCGGAUUCAUCUUAUCA